UUCUUCGCUACGAGCCGCAGAGAGGAGGGGGACGGGAGGUACGAAACGAAACCGGGGAAGAUUGUCGAACGGUUGGGUCGCUGAAGAGAACGAACGAACAAGUAAGGCAAACCGUUAGCAAUACAUGAACCCCAACCGGAUACGAGAGCGGAUAUCGGCUGCAGACGCCGGCGGCCUUGCAACAGCUCUAUUGGACAUUUCUGUUUUACGACCAAAGUGCAGCUCUGUGCAAGUGCACGGGGAACGGGGGCUUGCAAUUGGUAGAUCGGGAGGGCUCGUCCUCGUGCCUUCCACUGCAAGAGGCAACCGGAGGAAACCCAAGCGACUGCUGCUGAGACGCCGGUGCCAGCAGCAGCAGCCUGCGCAGUUAGAAAAACGAGUCUGCGGAAUAACCCACCCGGCCAAAGCGUUCCCCUGCCUCAGCCCAUGAGCGAAUCGAAAGGACUUGCACCCCCGGUGAACGAUGCCGCAAUGUAGCGGUCUCGGGUCUUCGGAAUAGGCCUACCAAGCGGUCGGGUGCAGACGGUACUUUUCUCUUUUUCCUUUUUUUGGUGUUGAGCAACUCGGACACGGGCCUUCACGGUAUUGCACCACGACUCUGGUAUCCCCCUAAAGAAGCCCCCACUGGGGAAUACUUUGCUUGACUCCCGCGGGAGACCCCGAGAACUGAGCGACAUGGACUGUGUCAACAGGAGCCGGGCUGUUUUUUGAACUGCGCACACGUCCAGUUCCUCCUCCUCCUGCUUUUCCUCCACCUCCCGUUCUGUUGCUCGUGCGACAUGGAGAGGCUCGACUCGGACCUGGACGGGGCAGAACCGCCCAUCCACAGCGUCCACGGCCCAAACCGGGUCCGACCCUCCUCGUACCGGGCUCUACGCAGCGCGGUGUCCAGCCUGGCCCGGAUAGACGACUUCACCUGCGAGAAGAUCGGCGCUGGGUUCUUCUCCGAGGUGUUCAAGGUGCAGCACCGGGUGACAGGGCAGGUGAUGGCCCUGAAGGUGAACACCAUGGCCAGCAACAAGGCCAACAUGCUCCGGGAGGUGCAGCUCAUGAACCGCCUCUCCCACCCCAACAUACUCAGGUUUAUCGGCGUGUGCGUCCACGAGGGCCAGCUCCACGCCCUGACGGAGUACAUCAACGGCGGGAACCUGGAGCAGCUCCUGGAGAGCGAGACGCCUCUCCCCUGGGGGGUGCGCCUGGGCCUGGCCCUGGACGUCGCCCGUGGCCUGGAGUACCUCCACAGCAAGGGCAUCUUCCACCGGGACCUCACCUCCAAGAACUGCCUGGUGUGCUGGGAGAACGGUGCCUGCUCGGCCGUGGUCGGGGACUUUGGCUUGGCGGAGAAGAUACCAGAGUACAGCGAGUCCGGGGAGCAGGAGCAUCUCUCCGUGGUCGGCUCCCCCUACUGGAUGGCCCCGGAAGUGCUCCGAUGGGAGGCGUACAACGAGAAGGUGGACGUGUUCGCAUUCGGCAUCAUCCUGUGUGAGGUCAUCGCCAGGGUGCAGGCUGACCCUGACUUCCUGCCCAGAACAGAGGACUUUGGCCUGGACGUGGACACCUUCCAGCACAUGGUGGGCGACUGUCCCCCAGACUUCCUGGAGCUAGCCGUCACCUGCUGCAAUAUGAGCGCGGCGCUGAGGCCGUCGUUUGCCGAGAUCGCAGCCCAGCUGGAGCGCAGGGAGGCGGGGGCGGCGCCCGCAGACGGACCGGCCGCGCGCUGCGACACCUCCACCUGCUCGCCUGCGAUUGGUCCUCCAUCCCGUCGGGGCUCGCUAUGCCCGCCCACCGACGCCCGCCUCUCCCGCAGCAAGUCGGACAUGCUGUGCCCCCCGGCCACGCCCCCCGCCCCGGGGGCCCUGGCGGUCCCUGGCUGCGGGCGGGUCAACCCCUUCUCCCAGCGCAAGGACCUGCAGGGCGGCAAGAUCAAGCUGUUCGACACGCCCUCCAAGUCGGUCAUCUCGCUGACCUUCGCCCUGCCGCCGCCGCUGCACGACGACCCCGCCGACGGCGUGGGGGGCGGGACCCCGGCCCGCAGGCACCGCCGCUGCCUGUCCCUGCCGUGCACGCCCCCGCCCAACCUCACCUCCACCCCCCUGCCCCCUGCCCCCAGCGCCCGGGCGGACCGCCGCCGGGAGACCGGGAAGGAGGAGGAGGGGGAGGGGCGACGGACGGCUGACGAAGAGGAGGCGCUGCUGGCGUCGAAGACCGCCUGCGACUCGGUCAACGACUCGGGUCUCCCGUUGCCCUCGGAGAUGCUGACCCUGGAGCUGACGGACAAGGAGGAGGAGGAGGAGGAGGAGCCUAUGGACUGCACCAGCUCCCCGGACACGCUGGGCGGCGGUCCCCCCCCCCCCACCCCACCCCCGUUCCACGGCAGCUGGCUCUCCAACGGCCCCAAGGGCGGCGGGGGCCUCCCCCUCCUCCCCCCGGCCCACGACAACAACAACGUGGUGGUGGGCCGCCCGCUGGCCUGGGCGCCCGCCGUCGCCCGUGGCAACGCCAACGGCUACCGCUCGCCGCCACCGUCGUACAACGGCUACGACGACGAGGGCUACGACCCCGCCGGCGCCUCGCCAUUCGGCUCGGCCGGCGGCCACUCCCCCGACCAGGACGAGGUCAUUUCCUGUCCGGGCUGCUGCCUGGCGGGCCUGCGCUUCCCCUCGCUGUGUAUGCGGGCAUCGUCGACGGCGACGGCGCCCCGCCGGAACCCCUACAAGAACCUGAACGGCGAGCGGAGCGCCAGCACGCGGGGCCUGCUGCACGCCGGCUCCAAGGGCCACUCCCCCUCCUCUAGCCCCGCCCCCACCCAGACCAAGAAGACCAGCCCGGAGCCGGGACUCGUGCUGCCCGGCGCCCAGACAUAGUGACACCCCCCUCCCCCCCCUCCCUCGCCACACACUGCCGGCCGGGUGGUUCUAGUGGGGUUCUUCUCUUUGAGAUGUUUGCACUGAUUUUAACCCAGCAAUACUACCACACACACACACACACACACACACACACACACACACACACACACACACACACACACACACACACACACACACACACACACACACACACACACACACCUUAAGUUUCCAGCGAUGGAGGAGGAGGUGGAUGACAUUGAGUCUGGCUGCUGGGCCGACGGGGUCAGUCCACUUAUUUACUGAAUGAUUUGAGUAUUUCCAACUGCUCCCGUCUCCCUGUGAUGAGCAAAGAGUCACUGCUCUAUAAUAUAGAAGGCGGGGGGGGGGGGGGGCAAGGAAAGGGGAGAAGAGGCCACUUUUGGCUUAGGAUUGCGCCAUAGACCGCUUGUAGGUUUGUGGCGCAGCGGCCGUUGGUGGCUUUGUAGCGCCCUCUGCUGGGCAAGGGGCGCUAUGAACUCGGAUGUCGCGUCGGAAAGUGCAGCACGCCGAGACGCACGACGGCUAGUCGUGUUAGCAUGAAAAAGAAGACGCUCGUAAAAAAUGAAUAUAAUAAGACCCCUUACCUGAAUGUUCCCGUGCUGUAAAACUGCUGAACGACUGAAAGAUUUAAAUAGAAAAAUUGAAAAAAAAAAUCAUGAGUGACGAAGAAUGUUGAUGUAGGUCUUUGGUAUUCCAGUAGCGGCGGACACAGGCGCGUCUCUUGACUUGAAUAGUGGGCACUGGUAUGCCUACAGUGGUUGUUAACGUGAUGAGCUCCACCUGUGUUCGCUGUUACUGGAACGCCUCUGUGAUAAAGGCCUGAUAGUCGAGUAUUAACGGAGGGGGGGACGAUGUCAUGGAGGGAGAAAAAAAAAAGCUUUUGUGUUUUUUUUACAAGGUGAAUGAUGUACUGCCGAUGAGAUGUUUUGGUAUGAAAGAAGAGGUGUGUGUGUGCGUGUGUGUGUGUGUGUCGCAUUCUCUUGUUUGUUUUGCUGUAGGCCUAUCAUUUCUCCGGUUGCCUGGUGAGCACUUCGGCUGUAUUACUUUUUGUUAUCGCGAUACGGAAACAUAUUCGCAAUUAUUUGGUGAAUGAAAAGAAUGGUCAGAGACCUAUAAUUUCCACGAGAUGUACAGAUUGUUAUUUAAAGAUGUAAUUAAAUAAAGAAUAUAGACUCUAAAUUGUAUUGUUUUGAGACUUAUCAUUGUUCAUUUACACUUUCCAAAUAAACCAAACCAAAAAUGUAAUUGUCUUAACAGUCACUGGUAAGACACCAAGCUGUCUGGGUCCUCUUUAACACUUAGCUCUUUGUCCCGUCCGCCCUAAGGCGCUUACAACCUUUCCUCUCUCUUACUAAAUAUCCACGCUUCAAUUAGCUCCUUAUC